AUGGAAGACAGUGGCAAUAAUAGUGAUGAGAUAGACAAUGAAAGUGAAGAGGACAUUGAUGACGAUGACAAAAAAAAAAAUAAUGAUGAUUAUAUUGACCUCGGAUCUACUUCAUCCAGAGAGGCUCUUAAUCAUAUUGAGCAGCAAAUUUUUGGCAAUACACUUGAGCCAAAAAAACCUACACCUAGUACAGUCAAUAUUGCCAGUUUAAACAAUCUAGCUCAACCUGAACAUUUACUAGUGCAAGAACCUAACAAUCAAUAUACCCUAAUGAAUCAUCUUUGCAAUAUUGUAGCCUUGGACUCCUUUAAGGAAGCGCAGAAUCUGGUGGAUAUUAUGUAUGAGGAAAUAACCCCUCAAAAAAGAACAACAAUUGCAACUUCAAAUGCCGAAAUUUUUCUACUAGAACAAGAAAAAAAACAACGACGUCAGCAAUCCUACAAAAGCGA